UGUCGCCGCCGCCGCUACCGCCGGGGCGGUUUCCGCCGCCGUUUCCCUCUGACUCGGAACCCCUCUCGGGCUGCGCCCUCCUCCUCCUCUGACCCCAUUUUUUCCGCUCGCACCGCAGGCGGGGAGGGCGGCCGGGCAGGAUCCGAAGGGGUCAGCGCGCUGGGAGCUCUCGCCGCCGUCCGGCCAGCCCCAGCGAGCCGUCGGUGCCUACAGAGCCGGCUCCUCUCCGCCCCCUGCAGCGGCGGCUUCUCCUGCCCCAAGUGCCCGGGAGCAUGCUGUUUACAUCUAAAACGUGAACAUUAUGGUGAAGAAAAGGCAUUGCCAUGAACAGUGUACUGCUUUCUUGGAGUCUCUGUAAAUCCUGCUGGUAGGAUACACACUGAGUAUAUAUUUUGCUUCAAAGACUACCAAGGAAAACUAUUUUGCGAAUGGGAUGAAUAUGCAGCCAUUGACUACUUACCAACUACAAUUUAGUGACUGAUUAACCAGCUGGAGCACUUAACUAGUGAUGUUUCCAUUCUCACAUUAUCCCGUUUGAGUUUGCUUGUCUUGUUUAAAAAAAAAAAAAAAAAAAUUCAAAGUGGAGUACCGUAAACUUGAUAUGGAUGGUAAAAAGAAAGACAAGGACAAACCAGAUGAUAGAAUGGCACGGCCUAGUGGACGAUCAGGUCACAAUCCACGUGGCACUGGCUCUUCGAACUCUGGAGUGUUAAUGGUUGGACCUAACUUUAGAGUUGGCAAAAAAAUUGGAUGUGGUAAUUUUGGAGAACUACGAUUAGGAAAAAAUUUGUACACAAAUGAAUAUGUGGCAAUUAAGCUGGAGCCAAUGAAAUCCAGAGCACCACAGCUACACUUGGAAUACAGAUUCUACAAGCAAUUAGGAUCUGGAGACGGUAUACCUCAGGUUUACUAUUUUGGCCCUUGUGGCAAAUAUAAUGCCAUGGUGCUAGAACUACUGGGACCUAGCUUGGAAGACCUAUUUGACCUGUGUGAUAGGACAUUUUCUCUUAAAACCGUUCUUAUGAUAGCUAUACAGUUGAUUUCUCGUAUGGAAUAUGUCCAUUCAAAGAACUUGAUAUACAGAGAUGUAAAACCUGAGAACUUCUUAAUAGGACGACCAGGAAACAAAACCCAGCAAAUUAUUCAUAUUAUAGAUUUUGGUUUGGCAAAGGAGUAUAUAGAUCCAGAAACAAAGAAGCACAUACCAUAUCGAGAACACAAGAGCCUUACAGGAACAGCUAGAUACAUGAGUAUAAAUACACAUUUAGGAAAAGAACAAAGUAGAAGAGAUGAUUUGGAAGCUUUAGGACAUAUGUUUAUGUAUUUUCUCAGAGGGAGCCUUCCAUGGCAAGGUUUAAAGGCUGAUACAUUAAAAGAACGUUAUCAGAAAAUUGGAGACACAAAACGAGCAACACCUAUCGAAGUAUUGUGUGAAAACUUUCCAGAGGAAAUGGCUACAUAUCUGCGUUAUGUAAGAAGGCUAGAUUUUUUUGAAAAACCAGACUAUGACUACUUAAGAAAACUCUUUACAGACUUAUUUGAUCGGAAGGGCUAUAUGUUUGAUUAUGAAUAUGACUGGAUUGGGAAACAGCUGCCUACUCCAGUGGGCUCAAUUCAUUCAGACCCCGCACUGUCAUCAAACAGAGAAGCGCAUCAGCACAGAGAUAAGAUGCAACAAUCCAAAAAUCAGUCGGCAGACCACAGGGCAGCUUGGGACUCCCAGCAGGCCAAUCCCCAUCACUUGAGAGCUCACCUUGCAGCUGACAGACAUGGUGGCUCGGUACAGGUUGUAAGCUCAACAAAUGGAGAAUUGAACACAGAUGACCCAACUGCAGGCCGUUCGAACGCUCCUAUCACAGCCCCUACAGAAGUAGAAGUAAUGGAUGAAACAAACUGCCAGAAAGUGUUGAACAUGUGGUGCUGUUGUUUUUUCAAGCGAAGGAAAAGGAAAACUAUUCAACGCCACAAAUGACUCUGGAAGCAGGCAGAACAUGGGGAAUUACUUUCUUGUUCAUCUGCUGUCUUGUGAUUAAAACAAAAAAAAUCAUUUCUGUAGUGACCACAAAUUAUUUUCAAAGACUCCAUCUUAAACAAAAAUGUCAUGCCUCCGUGCUUUGAUUUGGUUGUCCUUCAUUUGUAUUUUGUUUUUCAUCCAUCUCUUCUGGAAGCUUUAAAGUUUUAUGAAACAUGAGUGCUUCUUUGACCAUCAGUAAAUGGACCAGUGAAAUGGUACAAAUGAACACUGCUCUAUCUUCAGCAAAACUAAACUUCAAAAGCAUUUCUUCUGUCCUAGAAAGCAAUUAGCAGUGUCUUAGCUGAAGAUCAGAUAUGUCAUAAAUCUGGUUUUUGAUGAGUUCUAUAACAGCAUGUUGAAAGCAGUCUUUUCAAGUGGAUAAUGAAGAAGAAAAAUAUAGUUGCCCAAGCAUUUAAAAAUAAUAAAAAGUCUUACCUUAAGAUUUCUUAUUGUCUGUGACAUCUGCGUUGAUUGUUCAGUAUUACUGAUGGUACUGCAGUCCCAAAUUGUAUUGUAUUAGCAUUAAAUCCUCUCCAUGAUAUGGUACAGUCACUACCUGGAGAUACUGAGGAAGAAGCUAGAUGGAUUCUGCUGAUGGCAAUGGUCUAUGCUGUAGUUGCUAAUGAACAAAAAGAUAUCAUCAGUAGAAUCUGGGUUUGAAAAUGUGCUUUUGUUGUGCCUCUAAUGGAGUUGCAGUAUAGUAGAAAUGGCAACAAUGCUUGUACAAAAAUACAAAUGUUUGUAUAAUGUAAGUUGUGCUUCUGGUUACAUUAGACAGGAAGAUGAAAUACUUUCAAAAGAGAGAAGAUAUUUAAGAGUUAUAAAAUACACUAAGAGGAAAUAAAUGUGAAUCUGCUUAAAGUGGAAUGGGAAUUAAAGCCUACAGUUCCCAUGAAGGCUACUGCUGAAUGGCAACAUCCUCCUUAAACUGAAAAUUUGGAUGUGCCAUGUAACUGUUAGAUCUUGUUGGUAAAUUAUUUUACUCAUUGAUUUAAUUAAAAAAAAAAAAAAAAAAAAGGGCAAUGGAAAUGGGUUGAACUUAUACUGCCUUCUCUGUGUACUAGACUGUAGUACCUAAAACUUCGCUGUAGUUUUCUGGAACCUUCUUAACUUUCUGUGUAAUAUUGCAACUGAUGUAAGAUAUUAGGGAAAGGAUGGAUCAGGUACUUUCCCCCACAGUCCUUUGAAGUGCCUGCAAUAUCUAUAAACCAGCUGUUCUGUAGAAAAGGCAGCCCAUUCCAUUUUUUCAAGUCUGCUUCUUUUAAAGCCAUAAUGACAGAGGUGUGCUUUUGUCAUAUUUAGCUGCAAGUACUUGGAGAGAUGGAAUAAAAGGACGGAAGUGGCUAGACAGACUUGUUGACCAAAACUCAGAUUAAUUCUCACAAUUUUUUAAAAAGCCUCCAAGAGCUAACUUGUAAUUUUUUUUUUCUGUCAACAUAUGCCUUCUGGCAUACUUAUUUAUUUUUUAAUCUGUUUUGUGGUAACAUUCAAAAUGUGUAUUAAACUAGAUAAGUGCACACCUUUGAAUUCAUUAUUGCAUUUACAGGGAUUUUAGUUGUAUUUUAUAAUUUAUUUUUUCUUACCUGCCAAAACUGCAGUGCAUUGUUUUGAUGAAUGAUGUGCUCACAUGAACACAAAAAUGUGUAAUCUGGUCAUUGUCACUGUUGCUGUUAAUGAUCUUGUUAAAUUUUUGUUUUAAAAACCUGAACUUGGCCUACAAAAGUAUAUACUGUAUAACUGGGUCAACAGUUUCCACUCAAUCUGUUUGUAUUACUGAUUGUCUUAAACUUAUGGACAGUUACAUAAUGUUCUUUAUUUUGAUUUGAGCUGAAGAAGUAGGUUGACUUGACCAUUCUAAUGUGAAAUCCUGUCUGUCUUUGCAGUAUUUGACCAAAUUUGUCACUCCAUAAUAUUUGUAAAUACAUGCAGUAUUGUAUUUCUUAUCCUACAGUUUAGUUUAAUUCUCAAGGGGUGUUUGGCCUGUACAGUGUUUAUAUGAUUUGAACUCCUUACACACAAGAUGUGUAUAUUAAUCCAAUUAUGGACUUAAAUAUAAAAAAAAUAUAAAAUCUGUUUAUUUGCUGCAAAGACCAGUAUCCAGACAUUUUGCUUUUUAGCAAUAUUUUUAAGUGCUCUGUUUUAAUGCCGAGGAACAUUUCCUUCUGGCAACACACACUGGUCAAUAAUAAUUAAAGCAGGUAUGUUCAGGUUAAGCAACAAUGUUUUGCGUUUGUAUGCUUUUUCCCUUCUAAACUAAUGAAGUCAACAUUUUCUGAAUGUCAGAAAAAUUAAAUCCCUGUUUAAAAUUAUGUAACUGAAGAAGGAAAAAAAAAAUAAAGGUAGUUUUUUUUU